AUGGAUAAAACAAAUCCCAAGAAACAAAAUCCAGAUUCAGAUAACCCGCAACCUAGUACUAGCACUUCAAGUCCAGCACCAACUGAACGUCUGAUGUCGUUUCUUAGUCCACGUAAUUUAUUACUUGGGAGCAAUGAUAAAAAACUACGUGGUGCUGGUAUCAGAGCUAUACCUGCACCAAAUUUAAAAGUCCAACGGAUAGUACGCCAGCUGACAAUGAAUCGGGUUCUGGUAAAAACAAAGGUAAAGGCAGAGGUCGAGGCCGAGGUCGGGGAAGUGACCGUGGUAGAGGAAGAGGCCGAGGAAAAUCAAAUGCUGUCCAGAUCUAGUUAUGGCGGCGGGAGUGGUGGUGGUGGAGGUGGUGGUGGUGGAGGAGGAGGAGGAGGAGGUGGUGGUGGUGGCGGCAGUAAAGGAAAUACAAAAGGAAAACAAUCCCUUAAGAAAAUAAAAGCUGAACCUGGAUGUGACGACGAUGAGAGAAGAGCCAUCGAGCCGAUGGCAGUAGAUGAGCCUGAAGAAGAAAGAGAUAUAAAACCAACGAUAUUAGAGAACGGUGUUGCUGUGCCUCCAUCAGAGCUCAAACCAAAACUUACCAAUAAAUUCGUUCCACCACCGAGUGAUAAUUCAACCCAGCAAGUCCAACAAGUUAUUAAACAAAGUGGACUUAUGAUGCUACGAUUUCCAGAUUGCCUUCCUGGAUUCCCUAAAACUGAAGAAAACGCUGGUCCGUCUUCUGAAGAACAUCAAGCCUUAACUGGUUCAGAUGAUCAGUCUGCGAAUAUAUUGAAUAAUAUAACAAAGUUGUGUACACUAAGAGAUCUUCAACCUGGUGUGAUAGGUAAAUUACAGAUACUCAAGUCAGGAAAAGCUAGACUUGUACUCGGUGAGAAUAGUCUAGUUGUCGAAGUCGGUUCACGUAUUGGGUUCAGACAGGACAUAAUUGCAGCUAAGAUCAACGACGAAAAUAAAGAGAUGAUAAAUCUGGGACCAGUUGAUAGCACACUUAUAUGUACACCAGACUUUGAAAAUAUGUUGAAUCGAUUGAAUCUUGUUAAAUAA